AUGUUCGCCCUCACCAACACUGACCUCCAAGGCGCCCUGCCGCUCAUUGCACGCGGCAAGGUUCGCGACCUGUACGAAAUCGACGCCAAGACGCUCCUCUUCGUCGCGUCGGAUCGCAUCUCCGCCUACGACGUGAUCAUGGAGAAUGGCGUCCCCGACAAAGGCAUCCUCCUCACCCUGUGUACCCGGAAAUGGUUCCAAAUCCUAACCGAGGCGAUCCCCUCGCUGCGCACCCACUUCCUCACGCUAGAUCUGCCACGACAGAUCCCCGAGUCGCUGCGUCCCGUCCUCCAGAACCGGUGCAUGCAGGUGCGAAAGCUCAAGAUCUUUCCCAUCGAGGCUAUCGUGCGCGGCUACAUCACCGGCUCCGCAUGGAACGAGUACCGUCAGCGCGGCACCGUGCAUGGGAUCCCCGUUCCGUCGGGAUUGCAGGAGAGUGAGGCCUUCCCUGAUGGUCCGAUCUAUACACCUAGUACCAAGGCGGAACAGGGGGAGCAUGAUGAGAAUAUUCAUCCUGAUCAAGCUGUUGCGAUCGUCGGCGAACCCUACGCUUCUAUUAUCGCGUCGUUGGCUGUGCAGCUGUAUAAAACGGCGCACGCGUAUGCGUUGGAACGUGGUGUCAUUAUCGCCGAUACCAAGUUCGAGUUCGGUCUGGAUGAAGAGACGAAUGAAGUCGUUUUGGCUGAUGAGGUGCUCACCCCCGAUUCGUCUCGGUUCUGGCCCAAGGAUCAGUAUGCCAUUGGUCGCGGCCAGGACAGCUUCGAUAAGCAGUAUCUUCGUGAUUGGUUGACCCGCGAAGGACUGAAGGGCAAGCAGGGCGUUCAGAUGACCGAGGAGGUGGCGUUGAAAACGAGCGAAAAGUACAAGGAGGCGUGGGAGAAGCUGACGGGUGGGAAUUAA